UGCGCGCGGACGGAACGGUUCGGGGGGCUGUGCCAGUUUCCGAAGUUGACAAUCAGCAGCCGCAGGUUUCCAGGAGUCUGACGAAGAGAGCGGUGACUGGACUUUUUCCCUACGAUUUAUCUUCCCAAGAGAAGUUGAUUGGUGCCAAACUAAAUAUCUGGCGCAAGGCUGAUUAGCGCAUUGGCACAGCACAGAAACUUCGGUGGACAGCGAUAGAACCCACUCAUUUCAGAGCCCAUGGCGCUAAUGGCGAACCCCUGGUGGACGUUGGUUCUGGGCGCGUGCCUGGCACUAACGGUCAGAGGCGACUGCGAGAAAGACUGUGAGCUCUGUCUGGUCCACCUGCAGGGCGCACAGACGGAACGGAGCUUGGUUACGUGUGUGCAAGAAUGUGACGGGAGUGUGACAACCACGAAGUCUCUGGACCUGUGCAAGGACGCUCUGCGGGGGAAUUUGCCCGGCGCCCUGACGGAGGAGGCCGCAGGCCAGGGCGCCGGCGGGCAGCAGGAGCCGCUCGCCAAGCGCUACGGCGGCUUCAUGAGACGCUAUGGCGGUUUCAUGAAGAAAUCCGCGGAGGUCGGCGCGGAAACCGCGGACGCGCUGGUUAAGAGGUACGGCGGCUUCAUGAAGAAAGACGGCGAGGGCCGCCUGGACGCGCUGAAGGAGCUCCUGGCGGCGGCGAACGGCGAGGGAGGAGACGGCGAGCCGGGGAAGAGGUACGGCGCGUACGCCGGAGCCGUUACGCGCGGCGCGGAGCUGGAAGGCGGAGCCAGGGCGCUGCAGAAACGUUACGGGGGCUUCAUGCGGCGCGUGGGUAGCCCCAACUGGGAAGAGAGUAAGAAAGUAUACGAGGGGUUCAUCAAGAGGUCCUGGGGCACGGACGGAGAAGCCGGCUCGCCGCGCGCGGAGAAGAGAUACGGAGGAUUUAUGGAUUAAAUUUACCUUCUUUCUCUCGCUCUUUUUUUUUUCAAACUAAAAUACCUUGUCAUCAACCGCUAGGCCUUGUUCUGCACUCUGUGACACGCAUUGUACAGUUUUUUUUCUUCGUUUGUUUUGCUGUCUAUAUGAUUACAACUUUGUACUUUUCCUGCUACUCGGCACGUUUUCUUUCUUCUGAA